AUUUUAAUUAUUAUUCAUAUUUUUAAUAAAUAAUUUAGAAUUUAUGAAAUAAAUCAAUUAACAAAAAUACACAUCCAAAAUGAAAUAUUUUAAAAUUAAUCCAAAUUUAAUUACGAUUAAAUUUGUUCUAUUCUUCUUUUUUGGAGGAGUAGGACUUUUAUUACCUUUUUUACCAAUACAUAUGAUAACAGUAGGAUUAAAUUUAGAAGAAGCUCGUAUCAUAUCAAUUGUAGCACCAUGUGUUGCAUUACUUGGUCCAUUAAUUGUUGGACCAUUAGCUGAUAAAAUGGCCGGAAAUAGUGGUAGUGGUGGUAAUAAGCAAACACAAACUGGACGAUAUUUACGUGUUAUGAUCGCAUUAUGCUUUCUAUUAGCAGCUAUUUUCUAUUUACUAUUAAUGUUAGUACCAUCUGUUGCCAGAUUUGAGGCAAGGCGACCUUCCGUUACGUUUACAUGUAAUGAAAAAGGAGGUGAAGUAUUACAGGAACGAUGUAAUGCCGAACGAAAAUGUAAUCAUUGGGAUCACGAAAAGACUGGUGCAUUAUUACUAAGCAAUUGUCGAUAUGCAUGCCAUAAGCCUCCAGAAACUUUAUACGAAAUUUACAACUCAACGAAUAAUACAGCAGCAAUUUACGGUGAUAAGGAUAUAGACUUAGAAGAAAAUGAGGAUGACUUGAAUGGGGAGAAUGAUGGAAAUGCUGAAGAUGGUUCAAGUAAUGGACCACUUGACGAAGAUGGCGGUGAAGAACGUACAGACCGUAGACGACGGCAACUAUCAUUAAGAGAUCUAGAACCUCCACCACAUCUUUGUUACAAAGAAUUUAAUGGUGUGAAAAUUUGUCAAGUGUAUACAGAAUUUUCUGAACAGUUAAAUCCAAAUAUAACAUUACUUCAACCAACCAAUCCAAGUGCUGAGUAUGAAGAAUGGUGUCGUUAUCCAGUUGGUACCGACUUCAGUUGUCGCAUAAUACCAUCAAUUGUGGAUGCUCUGAAAGAAUCUGCUGGAAAUAAAACUUGCCAACCAGUAGUUGAGUGUGAUGUAGAUGAUCCAUAUGAUGCUCCCAAUAGUGUUCUUGCUGAUAGCCAAUGCGAUGCUACUAUUGGUGAUCCCGAUUUAACAUUUUGGCUCUAUUUAAUAAUCCGUUCGAUAGCCGACAUAUUCCCAACAGCUGCUAUUGCCUUACUGGAUGCAGCUGUUGUAAUUGCUACCCGUGAAACUUCAACUGGUCGUGGUGAUAUCGGGCGACAACUAGCAUGGGGUGCAUUAGGAUUUGCAGUAUUUGCUCCAAUCGUUGGAUUAAUAUCUGAGGCAACCACUCCACCUCCUUUCCCAUCAUACAGCGCUGCUAUAAUUUUCUUUGCCAUAUUUAUGUUUAUUGCUGCUGCAAUUAUUUUGUUUGCAAAAGAUAUGCCAUUAGGUCCUCCAGAAUGGUGGUGGCAUACUCGAAGUGGUAUGCUUGCACUACCAAUGUCAGCAGUCAAACGAUAUGGUUCAGAAAUUGGUGCAUUACUAGGUGUAUUGAUAUUAUUAGGAGUAUUUUGGAGCGCCUUAGAUUCUUAUUUACCAUGGCAUUUGACUGAAUUAUCUGGAUCCCAAUUUUUGAUUGGAUUAACAUUAACAUUAGGAGCAUUACCAGCUAUUCCAUUCUUAUGGAAUGCUGAAAAAGUGGUCGAUUAUUGUGGCCAUUCUAAUUUAUUAAUCACUGCCUUUACGAUUUACAUUAUUCGCUAUGUUGGAUUAUCAUUUAUCACCUGCCCAUGGUGGUCACUAUUAUUUGAAUCGUUAGAAGUAUUUACAUUAGCUUUAAUGUGGGUAACGGCGAUCAUGUACGUACGCCAUUUAGUACCAAGACGUUUCACUGUAACUGGUCAAGCUUCAGCUGUUAUUGCACACUUUUGUAUUGGACGAUGUAUUGGCGCAAUCAUAGGAGGAUUAUUAGUUAGUCAUGGCGAAACAAAAAUUCAAGGAUAUCAAUUUGUUUAUAGAUGGAUGGCAAUUGCAUCGGCAGUAAUUGCUAUUUACUAUUUUUGUUUAUAUCAUUUCUUCUUAAAACCACGAUACAGUGCGCCAACUACAGGACCACCAAGACAACCUCCAACAGUUACUCAAGGUAUGAAUGGUAAUGGAAGCAAUGGAACGUACACACCCUUACGCGUAUACCAUAACGGUCGAGCAAAGAAAGGACAAUUCCGGUACUAAAUAUAAAAUUAAAUGCUCAUCAAUGUUGCAAUUAUUAAAAAUGUGUAAAACUCCUUAAUAAAUGUGUACAUUAAGCAGACAUAUUUAAUAAAUAAUUUAUAUGCUUGUUAAUUUUUCAAAUUCAACUGCCAUUAUUACUUUUGUGAAGCCAAGAGGGCGCGUGACGAAUUAAAAAUAUCUCGAAUUAGAAUUUAAAAAAAAA